AAAACAUUAACUAGACAAAAAGACACAGUAAGAAGAAAAAAACUUUCUUCCUCCCUCAACCCCCAAAAAAACCCGACAUUUCCCCAUUCUUCUUCUUCUUUCUUUCCCAUUUCUCUCCCAUUCUCAAACUAAAAAAUUUUCACUACCCAGAAGCCAAAACCCAUUGCUCUUACAAUGGGCUGACACGACGAGCUGGGAGAUGAGGUUCCCGCCGAGAAGGCCGAGUUGAGCGCGUUCUGCAUCGCCGUGAGGAGCUGGGAGAUGAGGUUCUGGUCGCUAGAGAGGAGAGGACCUCGUGGCAAGGUAAGAAGGGUAGGACGUUCAAGUUGACCCACUGAGCCGCUGAGUUAAGGUUGGAUGUCAGGGUCUGGAUGUCGCCAUUGGCGGCCUCAAUCUCAAUCACAAUCCCGGUGUUGGCGAGGGCGCUGAUGAUUGGCAGAUCAACGCCGUAAAGCUUGAGUUUCUGGACGGCGGUGGCGGCCAGCGCGGGAGGUUGUCGGCGACUUGGCCGUAGUUGACUACUAUGUAUGAUUUGGAGCUUGCAUAUUUCGCAACAACAAAAAGAAAUAGAGAGUGAGGAGUUAAGAGAUGGAAAUCAGAUCUCUGUUGAUUAAAGAAGGAAACAAUGUUAUAGAAGGAGACACAAAGUUAUAGAAGAAGUUGGAAAGAGAUGGAUGGAACGAUGAGUGAAAGAGAUGGGAGGAAGGAAUUAUUGACGAAAGUGGAGGUGGGGAGGUGAAAGGUCCGAGGGAUUAAUUUCAAUUUUUUAAUUUAUUGGUAAAAAUGAUGUGGAAAUUGAAAAUGAUUACAUUUAUUUCAUUUUAAUUUCCAACUCACUCAUUUAACGGUCAACUCUCAAAGUUGACUGCGUUGGACGGAGAGUGACCAAAUUUGAAUCGUUGAACUAAUUUUAAUGACCAUGAGUGGAAUUAAAUAUUUACAGUGACCAAAUGUGAACUUUUUUAGUAAAUCGAGUGACCAAACUUGCAAUUAACCCAAUCUCUCUAGCUCUGCCUCUCUCUUUGCUUCCCUCUCCCUUCACCAAAACAACAAGAAAAAAUCAUUACAAAUCGUCAAAUGUCGUAGACUCGUUCCUUUGCUCUCACUCCUACCAUCAAUCUUCACCACACUAGCUACUCUAAUAUCCUUCUUUGCCUUCGGACAAAGCCAAAAGUGGUUGGAUCUCGACCAUCUCCACUUUCUUAUCGACAUAGGAGAAUCCUUCCAAAUUCGCUACCUUUCAAAUUUUUGUCGACUCCUUUCUCUACUCUCACUUUACGGCGACCUCCUUUCAUGUUUGCUUCUCUUCCUCCAAGCGAAGUUGUGGCUGGAUCUCGCCGUUGCCACAUGCCAAUUUGUAAGGAAGACAACCCGGGGACCGCUAAGGAUGAAGAAGUCAAGCGAGCUUGUGAUGGUGGGAGAAGAAUAGAGUUGGAAAUGGAAGGAAGGGGAGAGAUCAACGAGAUCAAGAAAAGGCAAGCUGUGAGUUUGGGAUAGAGAGGUCGAGAUGAACUAUUGCAUUACGGGUCGUUUCAUUCUCCAGUGUGGAUCUGGAAAUUGGAAUGUAGAUUGAUGUUGAGAACGAAGAGAAGAAUCUGGAUAGGGAAGGAAGAGCUAUGGUGUCUUUGUUUGUGUGACUGGGUUCAGCUGGCCGGUUAGUUACCGGUGUCCCGAAUAAACGUCGCUUAGUAACCGAUAACUAGCGGUUAGCAAAUAACCUUAAAUUUCCCAGCCAAAGCCGAGACAUAAACCUUUUUAUCGAUUUUCGGUUAGCCGAAUAACCAUGGUUUUUGGUUCGGUUUUUCGGUUAUCCGACUAACCAACAAUCAAUUAUCAACCCUAAUCUGCAUAAUGGUAAAAUCAUUGUAUGGAUGUAGUAAGAUUAUAUUAUGAACUCUUACCAUAGUAUUUGAUGUUAGUAUGAGUGUAUGACAAUGGUAAGAUAGUAUGAAGUCUUAUCUUUGGGAAAAAAAUUGAUGUUAUAGUGUUAUACCACAGUGGUAAGAUCAUGAUAUGACAGGAUAAGACGAAAGUACACACAUGUUUUUCAAUUGAUAAUUAUUAGGGCUAAUACCACUAGGAAAACCGAACUAUUAACUUUGUGCCAUUUGUGUCCUAAAGUAUUCGAUAUGACAAUUGUGUCCUAUACUAUUUCUCAGUUAGAGUUGACCGGCAUUGACCAUUAGUUUUUAACAGAAAAUCCAGUAAGCGCUGAUGUGGCAUCUGAAGUGGAAUUUAUAAUAUUAAUUUAUAAUUAUUUUUCAUAUAAAAAAUUACAAAAAUAAAAACAGAUAUGAUUUGUGGAUUAUUUUUUGGGACACAGAAUUGACAAUCCCUUCCUCUUCUCCUUCUUCUUCCUCUCCCUUCCUCUUCUCCUUUUUCAAUCCAGGGGAAUGAAAAACCCCUAUCGAUGGUGAGAAGCAGCCUUUGUCCUAAGCUAGAGUUCGGUCGGCGGAGAAUCGGGGGAGAAGGAAAGAGAAAAGAAUGAUUGCUUGGAAGACGAUGAAUUGGGUGGCGGGUGGGGGCUAGCGGCAGCGACGGUGAGAAGUUUUGAUUCGACCGACGAUUUCAUUCUGAAUCGAUCUCCUCGCACCGCCAACAUCUAUGAAUCAUGGAAUCUAUGACGGAAGAGCUGGGCUCGUCCAUGGACUAGGUGAAUCGUGAGAAGGCGAUGUGACCGGGACCAGAUUUUGAAAUCUCCUCUGCUCCAGAUCUCUGUUUUCCCAAUGAAAUCUUUCCUGCUCCAGCGUGAUUUGAAUGGGAGUAGGUGAAGCUCGUUGUCGGCCUCCUCGCGAUUUGAGAUGGCGACGAACUCGGUGAUGCUCGUUGUCGCCGUCACCACCGUCUCCGUUGUUUCCGUUUUCUACUUGAAGGUGGAUCUACCUUCCGAACUCGAUGAUGACUUCCAGAUUCGUCUUCUUCCGACGCCGACAUCUGGUCGCUUACCCUUAGGGUGGAUCGAUUCGUCUUCUUCUCGAUUUCAAAUCUCAGUCAAUCCCAUAUCCCCAAUUGCAGAAGGACAUGGUGGGUGUGGGAGCGGAAGCGACGGAGCAGGGUCCAGGACUUGGUGUUUGCGAUGGUUGGUAUUUUUGUGAUUUGGGUUUGUAAUUGGAUGAAGGAUGAUCGGUAGUGGAGAAGCUGAAGAACAGAGGGAGUAGGAUGCGAUCUUGGGGAGUUUUCCUUUACUUGUUUUUUAUUUUAAUUUUUAGAAACAAUAUUAAUUAAUUGAGUUUACAUUU